GUUCAUUUGCAGCAGGCCAGGUGCCUGGCGGGUGGGGAGGAGCAGGCUGGAGAGUCCUCUGGAUGGAGACAGAAGAGCCCUGGCCAGGGCGGCGAGUUCGAGGACUCGGUGUUCGAAGAGCGGCGGGAGCGGCGCCCGGGACCGCCCGCGUCCUACCGCGCCAAGCUCUGCGAGCCGCAGUGGUUUUAUGGGGAAACGGAGAGCAGUGAUGAUGUGGAAGCUCUAACCAUCAGGAAAUUCCGAGGGGACCUGGCCUACAGACGGCAGGAGUAUCAGAAAGCACUGCAGGAAUAUUCCAGUAUCUCUGAGAAAUUACCAUCUACAAAUGUCGCCAUGAAAAGGGAUGUCCAGGAAGGCCAGGCUCGGUGUCUGGCUCACCUGGGAAGGCAUGCAGAAGCACUGGCGAUUGCGACGAACUUGGAAAUGAAAGCAACGAACACAGACCAUUUAACCACUGUGCUCUGCCUCCAGCUUGCCAUUUGUUCAAGCUCACAGGACGUGCAGCGCACCACCUUUUGCCUUCAGAAGCUGGUCUCUCUGCAUCCUUUCAGUCCUUGGACCUGGGGCAGGCUGGCAGAGGCCUACCUGGCCGCCGGGCCAGCGCUGUCCGCAUCGGCCGCGUCAUCUCACAGACAGAGCCAUUCCACCUCCAGGGACAAAGCUGUCACCUCCGCCUGUCCACACUCAGGAAAAGACUGUCAUUUGUGUUUCCCUGAGAUGUUGCCCGACAGCUCCGUGUGUUCUGUGGAAACGAGCAGCAGUAAGAGCCUGAAGAAGGAGGAAGCUCUGAAGAACUUUCGGGACUCUCUGUCGCUGGAGACUCGGAUGAAAGCGUGCGCCUCCUUUAUACGGACCAGGCUCUUGCUUCAGCUCACCCAGUCUCAGCAGACGUCGUUUGCUUUGGAGAGGAACCUCAGGACCCAGCAGGAAAUUGAAGAUAAAAUGAAAGGCUUUGGCUUCAAAGAAGACACUGUGCAGCUGAUGACCGAGCAUAACAGCCUGCGGGGCAGGUGGGCCGAGUGAGGCGCACAGAUGCUGUGACUUGCCAAGGUCAGGAUGUAAGGGGCGGACCGCGCUGGAACCCGUCCAGUUUCAAGUCAUUGUCUGCCUCCCCGCCGUUACUGCUUUGAUGUUAUGGAGACGGUCAGAUGACAAUCUUUUUAAACAUUUGUUAGCUUUUAAAAAUAUGCUGGCCCUAGACGCUUUGGUUCAGUGGAUAGAGUGUCAGCCCGUGGACUGAAGGGUCCCGAGUUCAAUUCCGGUCAAGGGCACUUACCUUGGUUGCAGGCUCACAACCAAUCGAUGUGUCUCUCUCACAUCGAUGUUUCUCUCUCUCUGUCUCUCCCCCUCCCUUCUCUUCUCUCUAAAAAUCAAUGGGAAAAUAUCCUCAGGUGAGGAUUAACAAACAAACAAAAUUAUAUGCUGUUGAAAUAACUUCUGAUGGCAUUUGGAGAUUAUCCAUGUACUUACGUGACUCCUCUUUGUAUUUCAUUGGAACUUGACAGCCCAGGGACUUUUCCCAUGAGAAUAACCCUGUUCGUAUAAGUCCUAAUGUCAUGCUUUCAAGAAAUGCUUACUGCCCUGACUGGUUUGGUUCAUUGGAUGGAGCGUCGGCCUGCUGCCUGAAAGGUCCCAGGUUCGAUUCCGGUCCAGGGCAUGUACCUUGGUUGUGGGCACAUCCCCAGUAGGAGGUGUGCA